AUGCGCGCUCUCGUGCUGAACGGGGAUAAGUUUGCGGUUGAAGAGCGCCCCAUGCCUGAGCCUGAUGUCGGCGAGAGACCGAUUUCGAUUGCGCUUCGCGGCGUCAGCAGGUCCGGGUUCGGCGUCGGACAGCGAACUGUCGUGAUUGGCGCGGGUCCCAUCGGGCUGCUGACCACGAUGCUUCUGCGACACGGCGGCGCGAGCGACAUCACCGUGAUUGAGCCGAGCGAGAUGCGCCGCACCAAGGCAGAAGAGGUUGGCGCCGACCUGACAAUCAACCCAUUUGACGACGAUCCCACGGCAAUUUUCGGUGCCGACAUUGAUAUGCCCGACAACGUCUUCGAGUGCUCCGGAGCUUACACCGCAGUUGAUACGGCAGUGGACAUUGUCCGACCACACGGACGGUGCAGCUGGCAGGUACGAGAUGGCGUGGUCAUCGGGCACGAGUUUGCGGGCGAGGUCGUAUCUGUCGGACCCGGCGUUGAAGGCUGGCGUGCUGGCGAUCGCGCUGCCGUGCAUCCCAAAGGCAACGUCUGUGGCGUAUGCCCCGAGUGCCGAGACGGUCUGUCCAAUCUGUGCAGCGCCCCGGACAUCGGCGGCACAGCGGGCAUCGGCAGCAACGGAGGCAUGGCCGCGUAUGUGAGCAUUCCGGCGGGCAAACUACGCAGCCUGCCCGAUGAAGUCUCGCUGCUCGAGGGCGCGUGGGUCGAGCCGAUCGCUGUCGCGUUGCGCGGCGUUUCACGCUCCGGCUUCAAGGUCGGACGGCGGGCCGUCGUUGUGGGCGCGGGUCCCAUAGGACUGCUGACCGUGAUGCACCUGCGGCUUGGUGGGGCGAGCCAGAUUACUGUGCUGGAACCCAGCGAGAUGCGCCGCGCCAAAGCCGAGGAACUCGGCGCAGACAUCACCAUCAACCCGAUCACAGACGAUCCCACCGAGAUAUUUGGCAAUGACAUCGAGCGCCCCGACUACGCAUUUGAGUGCUCCGCCGCGCCCUCCGCACUCGAUACGGCAGUAGAAAUUCUGCCCCACAAUGGCACGCCUGGUGCUGCUAGGCGUUGCGACAUUCCCGAUCACUAUGUGGAGGAAUUCGACAUCGCAAUUCGCCUGCUCGCGCGCAAGGCGCUCGAUGUGCAGCCGCUCACCAGCGAUGUCGUAGGGCUUGAGGGCGUGCUCGAUGCUAUGGAGCGGCUUGAACAGGGGAAGGCAAUCAAGAUUCUCGUGCAGCCGAAUGACUAA